AUGUCAUUCCAAGAGAUUCCUAUUCUUGAUCUAAACCUUGCACUUGAUGAUGAAACCAAACCCGCUUUUUUACAUCAAUUGAGAUAUGCUCUUAUUGAAGUUGGGUUCCUUUUAUUGAAAAAUUAUCAUACUAUUGGACCUAAUGAACAAGAUUUUGAAGAUAUCAAGCUUCAAGCUCAUGAAUUCUUCGAUUUACCACAAGAAAUCAAAGAUGGUUGUUCAAUGAUUAAUUCACCCCAUUUCUUGGGGUAUAAUAAGUUAGCUAACGAGAUAACUAGUUUAAAAACUGAUUGGAGAGAACAAAUAGAUCUUGCUAAUGAAUUACCACCUCCUGAAAAAGGUUUACCAGUGUAUAGGAAUAUUGAAGGACCCAAUCUUUGGCCCAAAGAACUGGAAAUCCCUCAGUUCAAACCAGUGGUGUUGAAUUAUAUUGAUAAAAUGAACAAUCUUUCAACAUUCUUCAGGAAAUUGAUUUGUGAAAGUUUACAAAUUCAACCCGAUUCCUUUGAUAAAUAUUUUAAACCUAAUCAACAAACUAAGCUUAAAAUUAUUGCUUAUCCUGAUAGUUCCCAAUUACAAGAUGUUAAAUCUAAUGUGUUAGAUGAUGACCAUUCUUCAGGUCAAGGUUGUGGACCUCAUAGAGAUUCUGACUUAGUUACUUAUAUCUAUCAAGCCACAGAUCAUUCAGAUUCCUUACAAGUACAAAAUUUCCAAGGUCAAUGGAUCACUGUUCCAAAUGUACCCCAUUCUUUAGUUGUCAAUGCGGGUCAAACUUUAGAAGCUAUUACUGAUGGAGUAUGUAAAGCCACUAUCCAUAGAGUUAUGAUUCCUAAGGCUGGUACCGGAACAAGAAUCUCUAUACCAUUUUUCCAAACCAUUGAUUUGGAUUCCCAUAAAGUUGUAGUAGAUAACAUUCCUAAGGAUAUUCUAAACCUUAAACAAACCAGGGAUGAAAAAAUUAAAAAUUGGGCUGUUGAUACUGGUUUUCAAUUCACCCCUCAAAUUGAUAAAUAUCCUGUAGGACAUUAUGUAUUCCGAAACAGAAUUAAGUCUCAUCAAGAUGUUGCGGCUAAAUGGUACCCCGACAUCUUGAAAGAUGUGUUGGACUCUUAUCAACAUUAA